GGCAGGUGGCUGCCUCACCUGGGGACAUUGCACUCCUCCUGGGGAGGGUCUGAAGGCAGUAUAAAGCUGCCUGCUGGAGGCUGCUCCUCACACAGCUCCUGCCAGCAAGAUGAAGUUCCUUCUGAUCCUCCUCUUCUUCACCGCCUUCUCAUGGGCCCAGGCGCAAGAGUGCGACUGUGGUGCCUUCGUCAACGGCCGUUUUGGAGAGCUGGAGGUAUAUCCCUUCGACCCCAUACAAGUGCAGAGCUGUGAGGAUGUGGAGAGCUGCAGCUCAACCUGUGAUGAGGAGUGGGCCACAAUAACAAAUAACGGAGACUUGGACACGGUGCUUGAGAACGGCGAGACCCUCGGCCAGGCUUUGUGUGAUACCUUGGCCAUUGAAGGUCAAGAAGACGUUCCUCCUCACGAAGUGUUCCUGUACUACAGGAUCUGCGAUGGUCCUUGGCAGUACGAUGAAGAACAGAGCACAGCACAAGUCUGUUGUACCGCUGGUACCUACCACUCUUGUGAUGUUCCACCAUAAUCUCCUCGUCCCCGUCUUAAGUCAGCCUAACAGCUAAAGAGUCGACCGGAGACAACGCACUGAACAUCAGCUUGUAGAUAAUGUGUUUGUGACAUUUCUCAAAAAUCCACAACCAAUUGUUGUAUGACUUUCUACUGCAAAAGUGUUGUUAAACCACUUGCGUGUAAUGCAACAUUUUAAUGAAUUAAGUCAGUAGCAUCAGUAGCUAUGGAUAUCAACAUCAUACUAAAAACAAAUAAUUAUUAAAGAUUACAAAGUA